UUAUCCCUUUCGCAGCUCCAAGCUCUGCUCUUUCCCGCUCAACUCAGCUCGGCUGAGCUCGGAUCACUCUGCAAAACCCUAGAUCGUCGCCAAUGCUGAAGCUGAUAUCCUCUUUCCAUCUCCCCCACCGUCUUUCCCCUAAAUCCCUCAGGCCUUCACUUCUCCUCUCCAGUUUCUCCCCCAAACCUUCACUGCCCUCUCCAGCCUCCAGAAUCCUCCUCCGGCCCCUCUCCACCGCUCCUGAAUUUUCGAUUCCUUCAGACCGGUUCUCUCAUGGCGAGCUCGAGCCCUACCUGUCCUGCUCCAUGCCUGGUGCCCGGCGUCUCAAAAUCGCCGUACUUGUCAGCGGCGGAGUUGACAGCAGCGUCGCCCUCCGCCUCCUCCACGCCGCCGGCCACUCCUGCACUGCCUUCUACCUCAAGAUAUGGUUCCAAGAAGAUUUUGAGAACUUCUGGUCUGAAUGCCCAUGGGAGGAGGAUCUGAAGUAUGCCAAAGCUGUCUGCGAGCAGGUAGACGUGCCUUUGGAGGUCGUUCAUUUGACGGAUGACUAUUGGAAGAAUGUGGUAUCCUACAUCAUUGAUGAGUAUAGAUGUGGUCGUACUCCUAAUCCUGAUGUAUUGUGCAAUACAAGAAUAAAGUUCGGUGCAUUCAUGGAUGCAAUUAGCAGUAGGGAGUAUGAUUACGUUGCUUCGGGACAUUAUGCCAAUGUUAUUCACCCAUCGGCAGAUGAAGCGGAUUGCCCUUCUGUAUUGGAGCUAUCGAAGGACGUGAUCAAGGAUCAGACCUACUUCCUCUCUCAUCUUUCACAGACUCAGCUCAAACGACUUGUUUUCCCACUUGGUUGUAUGCCAAAGGAUGAAGUUCGCAAGCUUGCUGUAAAAUUCAACUUGCCAAACAAGGAAAGGAAGGAUUCACAGGGAAUAUGCUUCCUUGGAAAGAUUAAGUUUAGUGACUUCGUGGCGAGACACAUUGGGGAGAAGGAAGGUGUCAUUUUAGAAGCGGAGAGUGGAGACUAUUUGGGAAAUCAUCGAGGCUUUUGGUUUUACACGAUCGGUCAGCGUCAAGGUUUAAAUCUACCUGGAGGCCCAUGGUAUGUUGUUGAGAAGGACGUUAGAAACAAUGUCGUGUUUGUAUCGAGAAAUUACUACUCCUUAGAUAAAAAAAGACGGCUCUUUCGGGUCGGCUCCAUGAAAUGGCUUAGUGGAGUCCCUCCGCACUCCAGUCAGCUCCAAUGCAAGGUAAGACACGGCCCCAGCUUCUACGAUUGCAACUUGACAAUCGAAUCAGGAAAAGAUGGAGGGGAAGAUGUUGGAGUCGUUCAAUUGUCCGAGGAUGACCAGGGUCUUGCAGCUGGUCAAUUCGGAGCUUUCUAUGACGGGAGAACUUGCGUUGGCUCUGGUGUCAUUUUGGAGUCAUGGGAUGAUCGGGGAUUCCCUGUCUGUGAGAAGGCUCUCGAGAUUGCACGAAUGGAAGACAAGUCGAAGCUUGGAAAGCCAGUCAAGAUAAAGAACGUCGAAUCCCGGACGAGAACAGAUCUUCAGGUAGUUGAAACGAUAUGAAAUUUUGUAGAUAAAUUCUCAAUUUAAAAAAAAAAUCACUGAAAUCAUGCAGUAAAGGUUGAGUGGAUGGCAUGGACGGAUCUUUUACCUGGUUUCCAGCACCGAGUUGAGGAGAUGAAAUUUUGUACUCAGUAAAUUUUUCGUUGUAUUUUCUUAUUACCACAAUUAUUUUCGACAGAAGAUAAUUGUUAGGAAUUGUAUAUUCCAUCACAGCUGAUUAAUUAAUCAUAUUUACAUCUGUCUCUUUUUUUCCUUUUUC